GCUUCGCGCGGCGACGCUCAGUCUCGUCCGUCGCAAUCCAGUGCAGAUAUACGUGCAAUUACCCUGUCAACAGUGCUUAAAAUCUCCGUUCGUGCUCUCGUGCCGUGUAUGUUGGCACGCAGUGAUCGAUAACCCUCGUCGACGAACACACUGCCGUCGAUCGCGACGCAUUCCGCGAUUGUCGAAAGAAGAGAACGAAAAAAAAAGAGAAAGAACUAGCAGGCGAAAAGAGCGAGAGCGGAAAAGUUCAGAGCGCGCGGUGAUAAAUUCGGCGCACUGGAUGAUUUGAAUCGACCGUUACCGGUGUCGCGAAAGUGAGCAAGCGAAGAAACCCGGAACACAGUGUGAAGUUUAGCAAGUUUGGACAGUGAAUCCGGUACGUGCCGUUCUCCGAUACAACGCGCGCGGAAGGUGAUACUUAAGAAUAUCGUCGAUGUACAACGAUCGCGUUCGUUCGAAUAAGUAACAGUAGUCGACGAGGGAAAAAGAGAGCGUAUCGUGACACCAGAGACAGAUGUGGUGCCGCGUAAUUCGGCGUAGUUUCGUUUACGCGUUUCGUUAACCGCCGCGCCGCGAGUGGUGUAUCAGUGCGCCUGUAAAUUCAAAGAAAGUCCGGUGGUGAACUCUUCGAGGAAAUUCGACACUCCGUGGACUUCUUACGCGUUAUCAAGAUGAAGACUCGCCACCUGUGGCUAGAAGCGGCCAUCGUUUUCUUCGCAAUAACAAGUGCGAGCUGCCUGCAGAAGGUCAGUCUUGAGGUAGUUCCGCCGGUGGUGCGACGUGGUCAGGAGGCGAUUCUACGGUGCCAUUAUGAUCUGCAGGAGGCACCACUCUAUUCUCUCAAGUGGUACCGGGGCAGGCAUGAGUUCUACCGAUUCUCACCCAGCGAGGAUCCACCUAUCAAGAUCUUCAACAUCUCCGGGAUUUAUGUAGACCCUGACAACUCGAACCAGAGCCAGGUAACGCUCCGCAAAGUCGACUUCGGCCUCUCGGGUACAUUCAGCUGCGAAGUUACGGCAGACGCGCCGACCUUCUCCACGGCCUCCGGCACGAAGAAUCUUACUGUAGUGUCUCUGCCCGAUGGGAGACCCGUUAUCGUAUCGGAACGCGAGCGCUACGAUAUAGGAGACAUGUUGAGGGCAAAUUGCAGCCUGCCGUCAUCGAAGCCGCCGGUUCACCUCUCAUUCACGCUGAACAACAUGCCGGUGGAGGCAACCGCGAGGCAACAGCGGACGAAAGACGAGGACGGGGCGCAAUGGAGCGAGAUCAAUCUCCUCCUUCAGCCGUUUCAUUACACGAACGGCCAAUUGACUCUACGUUGCACCGCCCAAAUACCUGAUGGCAUCUACUUGAAGACGAGCGAACUCCAGCUCGGCACGGGUCUACGCGAGCCCGUGCCCGAAAGAGUAACCUCAGAAAACGGAAGCGACUCACACACCAUGACGUUUGUGACAAUACUCUGCCUGGGCAUGCUCCAUCUGCUUCUGAGAUAGUCACGGCACGUCUGAGACUACGAGAAGGGAGCUCACGGGCGUCGCAUGAUAAAUAGUACACUAGUCAGCAAGAGGAGGGGCUGGAGGAACAGACGAAGAAGUUUAAGGACCGCGUAUGGAUGGCGCAGAAACAAAUAAUAUUGUUAAAUUGAUAAAUUACUUAAACAUUUUUCUUCUUUUUUUCUUAUCUAGUGCAUUGAAUUAUAUUUUUUUUAUUUUUUUGGCACGCGUUUUAAGAUCGUGAAUUCUGCAUGUUCCCCGGGUUUUCGUUUGUAAGAUUCUUGACAGUAAUACGGUAAUAACUUUCGACUGGCGUUUUUCGGCUCUUUGAACACUGCUAAAAUUACUGCCACCGGUAAGAUUAGACCAAAAGAACGCGACGCUUAACAUUUGAUACCUUGCCGACAAUGAGAUCGUUGAUUGUUGCCGUUAUAUAUUUUUCAAUCACAUUUUUUAUAUAGCUUAUUAUUUUGUAAGACGCGCCUGUAUGCGCGGAUUGUUUUUCGUUUGUCUUUUCAAUGGUAUACGGAGGGAUAGAAGAGAACGCGAUGAGCGCGCGCGUUACCAGUCAAAGACUAACGUGUAUCCCGAAUUGGAUCGUGACUAGUGAAGAAAUAGAUAAUCGGGUAAAAUAACGUGCAUCCAAAUUCGUUGCUGAAAGACUUGCUGCGAUGCGCUUUACAACACGAUAAACCGAAGAAACGAAGAAAGCGUAGCCAAUUAACCGCGUUCGAUUAUUGCCACGACGCACAAUUUGAGAUUCGAUGAGUAAUGAAAAGGGAUUCGUCCAAGGAUUGAGCGACACCGAGAAAGAAGGGAAAGGGUAGAACUUUGAAGUCUGUUGCACGUAUACACGUCUAUAGGUGCUUGUACAGCCCGCCUCUAAAGGAUUUGCGAUCCUUGCCGCGAGAAAAAGAGAGUGUGUGUGUGUGUUGUGUGUGUGUGUGUAAGAGAGAGAGAGAGAGAGAGAGAGAGAAAGAGAAUUCUGGAGAGAGAGAGAGAGAAAGUGAAAGACGUUCUCUUCCGCUACAUCACUGACAAGAGACCCGAACCGAAGAGAUCGCACAAAGGAAGAGGAACGGAUAAAGCGGUGCGAAAAGUUUUCGCAUACCAAGCGAGAGAAUUCCGCGAAAUCGUACUUCUCUCGUAUCCCAGUAACAACGUACUCGAUGUGCGCAUUCGAAUAUCUCCCUGUUACGCUCGCCUAGGACGAACAUGGCCGUCAUGCGAUGGAGAGUCCCAUUUGUCCAUUGUCCAAACGCUCCCGGGCUCGCUCGCGUAGUCGGAUCAAUGUCGCGAAUUUCGAAGCGGAGGACUCUCUGAACGCGCGCGCGGAAUAGACUACUACAGAGCUCUUUUUUUCUAAGUUGUCUUUUUUUUUUUUUUUUUCUUUUAUGCAUGCAAGAGAACGACGUGGCUAUUACUGCGGACGAAUGCGACUGUGAACGAGCAGGUAUGUAUUUACGUCAUUUGUUUAUUUUCCAAUCGCGAUUCGCUCUAAUAAUAAGUCUGUUGCUCGGUUGGCGCUCUUUAAUAGCGGUAUACAAAAGAGACCAAUUUUGAUCUCGAAGCUAUUUUUUUUUUCUCUGUGUAUUUCUUCUUUUAAUGCAACGGGAUAUAUAUGUUCUAUUUUCUUUACUAUCUUAACGCUUUUCUAUAAACUUUGCAAUGUAACAUUUAAACUAGACAGAUAUCGAUCUUCGAUGUUCGCGUCAAGUUCUUGGGCGAGUAUUUCGAAACUACUUGCAAAUAUACGACGUCGUCGGGCGUAUAAUUUUAGAGGUAAUCGGUCGGUACCGAGAUCGAUUUAUUGAAGGAGAUAGAGGAUGAAGCAAGGCGCUGGAAAGGCUGACACGAACGUUGCGUUUCUCAUUCUUCCCCCGUCUGUCUCCUCUUUAUUAAACGGACGAUAAACCUCGCGAGCGAUUCCGCGUGUUUAUAAGCCGACUACAUAAGCUGCCGCGCAGCUGAACAGAGAAAUCGCGUCUGUAUUAACUCCUAUCUCUUCCCCUCAGAUACAGAACGUCUCUUCCUUCUUCUCUUCCUUUUACUCUUGCUUUCCGCGUGCACACGACAGUACUUGCCAUGAUCGCCUACAAAUCUUCGCGACAUGAUGCGUAUCGGCGUGAAACUGCAUAAAAAGCAUCAUGCGAUGCUUAUUUUUCACAAGCAGAUUCGUCGAUUUCCGAUUGGUAUGAUAAAUCGCGCCAAGUCGAAGGAAACGAUAUCGAGCGUGCUAAUAUUCCGUGCCACGCUCAAAACGAAGAUCGAGUUUCAAUAUUCUCGAAGUGCGUUCUUCGAAAGUUAUAGGAUUAAUAAUUUAUAGCGAUAUACUCUCGUAAAUGUUACGUUAUUAAGUUAAAAAAUAUGUAGAAAUGCAGUGACAUAUACAUUUUCGUGAUCAUGUUGUUAACAUUAUAUUUUUAAAUUCGAGCUAUUUGCUUUCGAUUUAUAGAAUGAAAAGAUGAAAAAAUGUUACUUUGUGGAUGAAUGUAUAAAAUACGCUGUUGAAUAAUUUGAUAUUAAAAUUUCAUUUACAAAUGUUGACUAAAAUAUAGCUUAGACAGGACUUAUUCUUAUGAGAACAGUUGAUCUUUAUGCUUGAGGUGGAAAGCUUUUAUAAUAUUAAGUCAGAUGAAAGAGCUCGAUGUAUUUUAUUGAUAGUUUACGAUAUUUCCAAAGAAGUAUUUAUAUAUAAUAAUUUUUCCGAAAUAAAAUUAAAAUUGUAAUUUGAUGCAACAUAAGCUAGAAGUAUGAAAAAUAGAAAAUAUUUCGUUAAGCCAGAUUUUAAUUCUAUACUUAAGUCUCUAUUUAUUUUUAAGAUCUCUUGCACAAAUCAUCGCAUUAUUAUUGUUUUUGGGCAUUAUACUUUAGUUAAUGUGUACAUACUUAUUUUUAUCAUAUACAAUAAACUACUGCAUGUGAAACUACUGUCUUUCUGCCGACACACGAUCGUCUCACGAACAGUUAUCUUUACAGUCUUAUUUUCAGCCCGUGGAAAACGUGGGUAUCUCGUUAAUGCGGACGUUUUCAUUCCCCGAUAAUUGCACCCGCAAUCAGAUCGAAGAAUUUCCACGAACGCGCAUAAAUAUAUCCGCUUGGCGGUGCUUGCCCCACAUCCGACCUCUCGCCUCCUCGCACAACGAUACCGUGCGCGCUCGCGACUUCUGAAAUUCAUUGCCCAAGCACCGAGUCUAUAGACAAAACCCACAAUUAACCCGAAUCGAGAUCUCUACGCUCUCACCCUUUCUAUACAACUCGAUUCCGGGCGAAGUCUUAGAAGGAGCACGGCGCCCGUCCUCGUGCAAGCUCGAAGUUUGCACGACGAAUAUACGGUGCGCGCAGGCAAGCAGGUACAUCCAACCGCCGAGAAGAUAGCGUGUACCGCACGGGAAACCCGUUACGGUGUUUGUGCAUCUCGUGUGUGCACGUGUAUACGUUUGUUUGAGAUAGUGUACGCGGCAUGCGGUAUGCGGUACCUAUACGUUACUGCGCAUUGCACGUCUGUACAUCUCCAGGAUAGUUCCUUCCUCACACAGACGCGACAAAGGAAACGACGUUUCAGUUAGCUGAAACGUCGUCGCCGUAACAAUCACCACCUAGUCGGCUAGACUAUCCUUCGUCCUCCCCGUCGCUCUUCGUCUCUCGUUUCGCCUCUCUCCUCUGUUUGCCCCCUUGGGUCGCGCGAGUUUCGUCUCCUCAUUCUGUUGUGCCGAUGUUGAAAGCCGAACUAUGGCAGAGCGGGAGCGCCGCAAAUCUGUACUCCGGCGGCUACUGCGGUACUCUCGCGGCGCUAUUCGCCGGUAUAGUGCGAUUCGGUUGCUGUAGCUGAUUCAAAAUAAACUUUGUUUCGCCACUCGCGCUGAUACCCACCUGUCUGACUGACUGGUUGGCUUGCUUGCUUGCUUGUCCGACCACUGUAUAUCGCACUCAUUGCUGACGAAAGCUCUUCUCCAUCACCCCGCAUAUCUGGAAGCAGCGCAGCAGCCACUCUGUAACUUCUCCCGCUCGCUCGGUUAUUAAUGCUGCGAUAAUAUUUUGGCGCGAUGCUUCGUUUCCAAAUUUAGCUAUACAAAUUUACGCCAGCCGAGUGGUGUUCUCUCCUAGUCGUUUUUCAGAUUAUUAUCUACUGAUAUGCUGCGCGACUGGUGUCUGAGCAAGGAAUGAAUCGAUUGAAAAUGCUCGUUCAAGUCUUAUCAAGCGAUUGAGCCAAUCUUACGUAGGUAUGUUAUUCUCGAAUGUAGUCGGAUCUAUCGUUGUCUAAUUUUUUUUAGAGGCUUCGCUAUUCGGACAGCAGUUCUGAUUUCCAAACGUGUUAUACACGCGAAUUUUUAAUCGUAUUAUGAAACGAAAAUCAUGUAAUCUUUGCAUUUUCAGUCGCAAUUAGUAAUAUUUGCUCUAAAGAGCGAAAUGAAUUCUAUUGAUUUGAUAUGUGACUCGAUUAUAUCGUAUAAUAUCGAUCGGGCUCUUUGUGUAAACUCCGUUAAUAUAUUUAAUAUAACAGUAAAUUAAACAGAAAUUGAAUAAUCUUGGCAGAAAUAAGGAUGUAAGGAGCGAAAGCGCAUCCUAUGUUUCUCAUAAAUAAUCUUCUGCUGUUAUUACAAAGCGUCUUUUCUCAUGAUAGAUAUUCAUAACAUAGCCAUAGCAUCUAUGGAAGUAUAAUUUGCAAUUCCUAUACGUAUACGUAAUAUAAUUUUGCAAUAUUUAUUACACGAAAUAGGAAAGAAUAAAUUUUACUACAUUUAAAAAGGUUUAUUUUUGCAGAUGAUAUAAAUAUUUCGUUUUAUUCUUAUUUCCGUAACAUAUUUACUACAAUCUCUUUUCUAUAGAAGCAACUGCUUUGACUUCGAAGACAAGCAUAUUUUUACACUUUAAUAUCUCUUUAUUCGUAUUUUCCACAGUAUUUUCCAUCUACAUCGAUAAAUAAAAGCAAAAGCAUUUGUUCCAUAUUCGUAGGUUUUAUCGCGUUGCCUCGGUUUCAAUAUACAUAGAUAUAUAUUUUCUCUAAACUAUCUUGUCUUACAAUGUCGCCUUUGUUCGGAAAAACUUUCAGUGAAAAAUUUUUUUAAUGUUAUAAUUUUCUUAGUUUUCAAACUAACGUUACCAUUAAAAAAGAGUGAUAGUUAUUUUUCCGCUUCUAUUUACAUUUUUAACGGUUCGUUGGCGUUUUAUUAAAUUGAUCAUUAACGUCGCUGUCAUAAAAUCAUAAUAUAUUAUGGAAAAAAUAAAAUUAAAAUAAUAAUUACUUUCUGAUAAAGUAGGAAAAUUCUAAAAACUUGAAAAUACAAGAUAGAGAAAGGUAUAAUAAUUCCUUAUCCUUUGUUUUGCGGUCACGUGUUUUUUAUUCAUAAAGCAAGAAGAAGAAACUGUAGCGAAAAUGUAUUUCCGUCAAUAACCGGAUACGACGGUGCUAUUAAUGCAUGGGUAUAACACACUUGUUUAAGAAGGCAGAUCGCCUUCGUUUAUCGAGAAUCCAUUUUUCGAAACUCGUCUGAUCCCUCGCAAUAGCCGGAAAACAACAUUUAUAAGCCGCUUUCGUGUGCUUUAGCGGACAUUUUCUUACAGCCACGGUGACAAUACGGGUGUCUAUUCAACGGUACGGGCGCGCAUUAUCUUUGAUAAAAUACGGUAUUAGGUAUAACAGGAACGGCCGGAAUUGGGUCGCGCGCGCGAUCUUCAGCGUCGGUACCGAUUUACUAAGGCAGAGUAAUGGAGCCCGGGGUGCUUUAUGCCCUCUUUAUGUCGGUGGAUCCGCUCUGGUACGACCCUCUGGAUAGUUUCCGCGCAACGACCUUUCCACCAACGCGCGGAUUGAUACUACGAGAAGCAAAUGUUUGCUCGCGAUAUCUAGGAGAAGAAGUCGACCUGAGAAACCCUUCCUGCUGUUGAAACGCGUACUUUACACGGUUUAAUGAAACUCCAUUCGCAGCUGUGAGUAGAGAGACGUGUUAGCACGCUACACCUCGCGAGAGAGAUCGCGGCUUUUAACCGAACAAAUCAAUCAGAUUGUGGUAUUUGCUUGAGAAAUUUGCUUUAAGUAAACGCGAUACAAAUGAAAUGCAUCGUUAUACAUAAAGUGAGAAUAAUAAGAUAAAAGAAAGAAAAGAAAAGAGAGAGCAAAGAACAGAGAGUACCGAUUUAUAUCAGAUGCAUA